AACUUUUCUCCAUUUGCACCUUAAGGAGUACUUUUACUCCCCAGUGUUCAGACACACAAAGCUCAGUCACUGCGGCUGAAGCUGAAAAGAAGAAACUAAGAUGGAUGAAUUUGAGUUGGACAGUACGUCAUCAGAAAAUCCGGAUACUUCUCCUCGAGCCAGAACAACCGACUCAGAGACCUGUGGUGGUUCAAAACUUUCACCUGAGUGCGAGCAAACAUCAGCCGGUGACUGUGAUUUGAGAUCUGUGAUCGAAGAAAACGUCUUUCAGCCUUUGGCCGAAGGACCCUUGGUAAAAAAACGCCGGUAUAUUUGGCCUGAUGGAUCCGACAGUAAUGACUUUUUCGCCUUCACCUUUCCAAAAAAACUUUGGAAGAUAAUCGAAAGUGAUCAGUUUCAGUCAAUUUGGUGGAAUAAUGAUGGGAAUUCUAUAGUGAUCGAUGAGGAACUGUUUAAAAAAGAGGUAUUGGAAAGCAAAGGCCCUUUCAGAAUUUUUGAAACAGACUGUAUGAAAAGUUUCAUCCGGCAACUUAAUCUCUAUGGAUUUAGUAAAAUACGAUACGAGUUUCAGAGAUCUGCCUCUCUCGCUGAUUUUCUAGCGGAAGAAAAAGCAGUCUCCGCAAUGAACAAGUUACAGUUCUAUCACAAUCCCAAUUUUAAAAGAGGCUGUCCUCACCUGCUUGUAAGGCUGAAGAGAAGAGUAGGCAUUAAGAACGCCUCUCCAGUUUCUUUCUCGUUCUUUCAAGAAUACCCCAAGACCACCGAAAAUCCAAACGGUCAGAACGUAGCUUCGCCAGUUGAGGCCAUCGAGAAAAAUGUGUUUUCUACAUCACCGAAUGAGGAGGGGCAAAAGUCUUCUGUGAAGUUUACCCUCAGCAAGCGACAAAUCAGCGCCACUCCUCAAAUAAGAAGUGGGUUUUCUGCGCCGCCGGCAACCUCAGUGAGACCACCGGAACACUCGGUCUCGGAGCAGAAUGCGACCCAUAACCAGCUGGCCCCCAUUCUCCUACCCCAGCAAAGUUGCCUUGCUCAAGCUAAUGCUCGUGAUAUAGACUCCGUGACAACAUCCGCUACUUCCCUUUAUCGUGUUAUGCCUCCUGUACGAAGUAGUCCUUUUGGGCCUGUGAUGGGGCUUCCAUCUUUCCCACCCGCGUACCCGGAAUUAUCGUCUGUACAAGCUCAUCUAGCCAGCCUGCUGCCAUUCUGCAACCCGUGGUUGUCGAUGCAUAUGCUGGCAGCUGCAUCUGCCAUCUCAAUGUCAAGGGCUCCUUCCCAUCAUCACCAAACUCCAUCCAACUACCACUGCCCUAACUGCAACUGUUCUGCAAGUAACGCUCCAACUCCACCCCCUAAUGGGCCUCCCUCCUCAGGCGAGUGAACAUCCAGGAUUCCACCGAUAUCGUAAAAAUGUCUAUACACUGAAAUUACGAAUACCUGCAGUUUUACUGGCAGAAUAAAGAUAAUGGUUCACAUUUU